AUGUCGGCCCACGAGGACAAAGCCACACGAUACAUCGGCCUGCUGAAUGCAGCAAGAGUUAAUGGCUCUUGGAACGAAUUCCCCGAGCUCAUUCGAAAAGUGAAUAAACACGCACCUCAGAGGACGGUCUUGACCCAGACGGCCGCAGCAGAACAUCAUGUCGCGACCCAUGCUACACAAAGACCUCAGACAACACAUUUCUCCUCAAGUACGACUGUCGACACCUUGCAGCGCACGAUCGAAGGGAGCCAGGAUCAUACAGAGGAAAUAUUUCAAGGGCGGACAUGUCUAGCAUGGGCGGCUUUUACUGGCAUCAGCAAUGGAACUCCACACUCCAUACCUGUUGGUAAUGUGAUACAGCUAUUCGAUACUUAUGGACGAAGAGAUGCAUCCCUUUGGACCAAGAUCUGCCUGCUCAAAGCAGUAUCGAUACAAGGGAAAUCUCAAAUGCAACGUGAAGAAGAACUGCAGGCCGUCGCGAUAUACAAGGCAGCUGCUUCGUGGGUUGAGCUCAAUAAUGAUCUCGUGAAAGCAACACCUCAAAUGGCAUAUUGGGCCGAACAGAUCCUGGCAGCAUAUGGAACAGGCAGUACAGACGCAGUAUCGACUGAGGCAAGAUCUAGAGCACUACAGACCUGGUCCACCCUAGUUUUAAGGUCACAAGAGGUGUCUCGAACCACAUACGGAGACUCAGGAAUCCAGAUAAGUCGGACGUCUGUAUGGGAGUAUUAUUACGAUAUGGCGAUCCGCCGUCUCGAACAGCCCAAUCAUACUACAACCCACACUCGAGCCAAGCUUGCCGCCGAGCUUCGAGCUAUCGAAACGGCCUACGAAACGGCUUUACUAAAGAACAAAAAAUUCCCCAAAGCCACGGAGUCGAAUGUUGUCAUCGAGCAGUGGGUAGAACGUGUUGUACGAAAUUGGCAGAUCCUUUGCGGUCCUGGCUGGCAAGAGUCCGAUCUUGGACCAGGUGGUCGUAAUGCUGCCACCCGAAACGUUCUUGAUAUCCUCUAUCGAGCUGCUACAAAGACUUUCCAUUCCACUUUGAUCCUAAGAAGGCUCUUUCAAGUACACAAAUCACUUGCCGAGUUCGAUCUUGCCUACCAUUGCCUCGAUACCUAUAUUGAACUUGUCGAACGAGCUCGAGAACGCGCUGCCAAAGCGGGAGAACCAAGUCCAGAAUCUGAAGAAAUCAUGCUACUUGUCGUUGCCGAAGGUGUCGAAGGUUUGUGUUCUUAUGGCCAUCAGGAAGAAGCACGUAAAGCCUUCGACUUGGUCAGCCAGCUGGAAGACUGGUUGGACGAAAUAGUUCCUGACGAGCAUGAGGUCGUGCCAAAUGGUCAUGCAGAUUCGGGACACACAACGCCAACACCACCGUCGAAUGAAGCCCUACAGGUGGUAUACCGCGCUAUAGGCAUUGGGAGGGCUCAUUGGGCUAGGUGGACUCCAUUCAGCGAAACACGAUCCACACUCCAGUCAGAUGCUCUUGAAGCACUGCAAAAGGCAAGCAGGCUAUCGGAUCCCCAUCCCCAAACACUUUAUGCUCUUGCUCUCCUUUGUGCUGAGACGAGAGACAUCUCUCAGGCUGUGAAAUGGACCAAAAUGGGCUUGCAGAAACUGACACAAUUACGUUCCCAAGGAAAUCUGCAACAGCAAGGUGCCUUCUGGCAUUUGAUGACGUUGUUGUUGAGUUCGCAGCAGGACUUCGAUACUGCUUUGCAAAGCAGCAUUGCAACCUUAGACAAUGUGCUCGGCCCCACACUGUUCAAUGGACAUGAAAGCUUAGCCGACGAUCCCUCAACUCGAGCAACUGAGCAGAUUGCUGACGACCUGGAAUGCGAUGACCUACAGAAGGUCGUCGAAGUCCAGAUCACUUAUCUUGCCUUGACAGAAUUGAUGGAUGGGCCUGAAGCUGCUCUGAACGUCAGUGGCGAGCUGUUGAGUCUGUAUGCGAAGCUUUUCAAACGCUUCGAGGUAGGCGACAUCAAACCUGCCAUUGACGAAAUGCCUCCUCCACCAAAGACUUCGGCAGGCACGAUCAAGAGCGUGAGAGGUAGCAUAUUUUCACGAAGAAAAGCGACGCCGUCCCUGGCUCCUUCUGUUACAACGACCAGUCUCAGGUCCGUCGCUAAUACCGACAUCAGUGGACGCCCGGGAACACAGACGAGUCAGGCACCAACUAUUCAGGUGACCGAUGAGACGGGCAAAUCAUCUUCGAAAAAGCAUCAUCACCUUGUACAUAGACAUCAUGAGCAUAAAGAUAGCCGGCUAAGCAAGGAUACACGACCCCUGAACACUAGACGCAUCACCGAAGAGCCAGAAAGUUUGGAGAAGGAGCCCUUCGCAUCGGCCGACGGGCAAACUUCGCCAAAGAACACAGCCGCCAUCGACCAUGCUCCCUUAACAGGACGAAUCCACGACGAUAGAUCUGAGGCAAAACAAGAUCUCGGCACCGUGCCUCACAACGUUACCUCGCAUGACCAAGCACCUCCACCAUUAGGACAUCCUGAACAACCGCCGGAGCAGGAUGUGCGGUUACCAAACAUCAACUCCAGCAGCACAAGUACCUCGCCAAUUCCUCGAUCCUCGAAGACUGCAGCUCAGAAGCACGCCUUUGUAGUGCUGAGUAAGAUGUGGCUAAUGAUCUCGACGCUGUACAGGCGCUCUCACAUGUUUGAAGACGCUAGAGAGGCAUGUGAAGAAGCUGCAAAGGCUGCAUCACGUGUUGAGGCUUUGAUCACCGUAGUCGAUGCAUCAGCUCGGGCACUUGCGAAUCCCGGUUGGGGUGGUAGCGGUAAGAGCUCGGACGAAGUAUGGGCUGACGUCUACUGCUCGAAGGCUGAGCUACUGCUUGCCAUCACACAACGGCGAGAGAAAGAAGGUGCUGUACCCACAAGUGAGGCAUGGAGGGACAUCGUUGAGCAGUACGAACAUUGCCUCAUGUACUAUCCAAAUCAUUCAGCUGGCAUUAUCGGACUGAGCAAUAUCCUGCUCGACUACUACGAUAAAAAGAUUGAUCUGGCAAAAAAGGUGGACGAUGGUCGGUCUUUUGGAUCACGACAUGCUUCUGGCAGUAAAGACGAAGACAUCAUGCUCGGUGCACAAACACCAAGUCAGGAGCAUCUUCAUGAUCCGUUCAUAUCUAGCUCCGAAACGCCCGAGGAUCUCAGGAAGACACCGGAAAAUCUCAACCGAAUUGCGGCACGGGAUCGAGCGUAUGGACUCUUGAACACUUUGACAAAGUUAGGAGGUGGAUGGGACAACUCUGAGGCAUGGUUUGCAUUGGCUCGAGCACAUGAGCUUGGUGGUGAGAUUGAGAAAGCAAAAAAGAUAUUGUGGUGGUGCAUUGAAUUGGAAGAUACCCGCCCCAUCAGGCACUGGAGAAACCUGGGUUGUGGAGGAUAUGUUCUCUGA